AUGGGCAACGCAGUGUCGACUUUUAAUCUACUGCAGACUCAGAACAAACACCUACUCAAGGGAGGUCCGCUUGCACUCUACAAUGCUGCCUUUGUCAUAUCCUUCCAGGGAUUUUUCCUCCAGUUGGUCUUCUGGGGCAUUUAUGCUGGGCUCGUUGGAUUUUCGAUGAAACGCAUGAUGGACCUCCAUUACCUGUCUCUUAUGUUCACAUUAACAUUCCUACUGCUCACCAUCCACUUUCUUUCCGACCUAGAACUGAAUUCGAGCAAAUUGAUAUUCUUCACGCAGCAUGCUGGCAUCGAAUACCUGAUUGCUGUUCGAGUGUUGCUGCCAUCUUCAUUUGUUCGACGAUGGAUGGGCCAUAUCUUCUUCGUUAUCUGGCUGUUGAUCGUGGGAGCAACUGGUGUAAUUGUUAGCAAUCAUGCCGUUUACUUUGCUAUUGCAAUGGCGAGCUUAUCUGACACCUUAAUAUCUGUCUGUGGGCUGGUGUUGAUAGCCAGGAAACUGAAGCAAAAACAAGCAACUCAGCUUAUUGGCCACAAGCUAACCGUCGAGGCCAUAUCUGGCCUUGGUUUCUUAAUUCAUGGUCUCUCGACUCUGCCAAACACCGUAGCUGUAGUCCUGAUUCUCAAGACGCAGGACCCAUCUUAUUACUUUGGAAUGGUAUGGGCUCCCAUCGCCAUGGCCAGCUUGUUUUCUGCUGGACUUCAGGUACCCGCAGCAGCCAUGUAUUUCGAAAACAUCAGCUGCUGCUGCAGGCGCCGACGAAUGAUGUUCCCGGGAGAUAUUGGCUGGGAGGAAUCGGAGUACCGGGAAGGAAUAUCAAUGCUUGAGAAGGGAAAGGUGGAUCUGGAGAGAAGAAACAAUCCUGGGACGAGUGAGCAGUCACUGAUACCGCGAAAUCCUGUGUACGCUGCCUAUCACUUACCAUUCGGAGUUGUUUCAUCACCAUCACAACGAUAG